GGGGGCUUCUUUUUUGUCCCUUGCCGGCGCUCGUCCGCGCGGCGCAUGCGCCCUUUUUUGUUGUCUUCCUCAGGCUCCUCCCUUGUCCCCCCCUCUCCCCCGCCCGCAAUCCGUUUCCUGUCAGGAGCGGAUGGCCGAGGCUGGGCCCGGCUCGGAGCGGGCCGUCUUCGCUGAAGCAGCGGCGGACGCUUCGCUCGCGCGCUCCGGCUUCCUGAGAGCCGACGCGGGAGGGGAAGGAAAGACUUAGAGACUGCUGUCAGCGCGAUAAUGCACCAUGGGAGUGGUCCGCAAAAUGCACAGCGCCAGCUCCAGAGGUCCCGAUCCUUCACUGGCAGCGAGAGCGAAGAUCAGCAGGCCACCUUGCCACACUCUCCGGCCCCUUCCUUUGCUCCUUCGGCCAGCCCUUCGGCGCCUCAGUCUCCCAGCUACCAGAUCCAGCAGUUUAUCAUGAGCCGAAGCCCGGUAGCGGGGCAAAACGUGAACAUCACCUUGCAGAAUGUGGGACCUGUUUCUACCACCAACCAGCAGAUCACCCUCACCCCGUUGCCCAUCCCGAGCCCGACUUCCCCUAGUUUUCAGUUCAGUCCUCAACAAAGACGGUUUGAGCAUGGCUCCCCCUCCUACAUCCAGGUCACCUCUCCGUUGCCACCUCAGGUUCAGUCGCAGAGCCCCACGCAGCCUGUUCAGACCAUUUCAAGUGUUCGAGCAGGCACCCCAGGCCCCAGCUUGGGCAUGUGCAGCCAGAGCCCCACGCGGGGCUUCGUGGACGCCAGCGUGUUGGUGAGGCAGAUCAGCCUGAGCCCUUCGAACGGCGGACACUUUGUGUAUCAAGAGGGGUCCGGCCUCGCUCAGAUAGCUCAAAGCACCACGGGCCAAGUCCAGCUUUCCUCCUCCGGCGCCUCGGUGACAGCUCGAGAGCGCAAGCUCUCCCAGCCCCAUUCUCAGACUGGAGGCACCAUCCAUCAUCUUGGACCUCAGAGCCCUGUGGCUAGCGGAGGAAAUAUCCAAGCUUUACCUAACCCUGGUCACAUCGCCACUAACAACCUGCCGCCCCAGAUCAGCAAUAUUAUCCAAGGAAUGCAGCAGCAGCAGCAGCAAGGACAGCCUUUGAACAGACCUUUGGGAUUUGAUAGGACUUCUGCUGGAUUAAUCGCCGGGGUCGGAGGCCCUGCUUUCAGCAUCACCUCCCCACCGCCUCCCACAAGUCCUUCCCGGGCGAGCGUCCCUCAAGGGCUCACCGGCCUCCCGCUGGGCCCCUCGGUCUGCGCCGUGGUGAAAAAGGCCAAAAAAGUGGAGGAAGUCCCCCCCGCCACGCCGGAAGCCGCCCAGAUGAGGAAGCAGUGUCUGGAGCAUCACCUCAAGCAGAUGGAGACUUUGAAAGAGGCUUUCAAAGAGUACUUGGUUGAGUUGUUUUUCUUGCAACACCUGCAAGGGAAUAUGAUGGACUUCUUGGCCUUCAGGAAGAAGCACUGCCUGCCCUUGCAAGCCUACCUUCGUCAGAACGACUUGGAUCUGGACGAGGAGGAGGAAGAGGAGGAGCAGUCUGAGGUCAUCAACGAUGAGGUAAAGGUUGUGACAGGAAAGGAUGGGCAGACUGGUACUCCUGUUGCUAUAGCAACCCAGCUUCCUCCAAAUGUUUCUGCUGCUUUUUCAAUUCAGCAGCAACCAUUUCAGCAGGUGCAUGCAGGGACUCCAGUAACUGGAACGGUGAAUGCCAUAGAAAUUGAAGCCUUUAAAAGACAACAAGCACUUACAUCAGCAGAUUCGUCUAAGAGAGCCCUAAUUGAAGUGGGCCGUCACGGGAUGGUUUUUCAGCAUCCAGGCGUGGCCUCGGGAGUCCCUCUUCAACAGCUCAUGCCAACUGCACAAGGUGGAAUGCCUCCUACCCCUCAGACUGUGCAGCUGACGGGUCAGAAGCAGAGCCAGCAGCAGUACGAUCCUUCCAAAGGUCCCCCGGUGCAGAAUGCAGCCAGUCUCCACACGCCACCGCCUCAGCUGCCCGGUAGACUGCAGUCAAGCAACGUGCCCAUCACCUCUCUUCCACCAACGCUGCAGCUGGCGCCCCAAGCAACUCAGAUGAAUGACCUGCCGGUGCAGCAAGCGGCAAUUCACGUGAAGGCUCAGCCCCAAAGCGUUACGGUCACUGCUGCUGCGGCGGCUGUGUCCCAUGGCCAGGUUCAAGCAACAUCUCAGCCACAAUUGCAGCCGACAGCGCAUGGGCCGGGACAGAUGGCCCCCUCCGACGUGGUGCCCUCUCAAACUCCAACCCCACAGCAGAUCACAACUCUGGCUCGUCCCUCCUCCGACUCUAACCAAAACUCCCAGCGUAUUUCAGCAAGUGUGGUUCCUCCUACCUCAAGCAACCCGCCAACUUCUGUUGCCAAUUCUACGCCACAAACUACGCACUCAGCCCAAGCCAACCGAUCCUCGCCUGGGGCAAAUAAAUCAGCCUCUCCUGUUGCCGCCAAACCCCCAGGAUUGGCAGUGGCAGCAGCACCCAAAACUCAGAACACAGCACAAACCACCACAGCAGCCCUGCCCCAGGACAGCGCGCACGAGAAGUUGGCUGAGCAAGUGAAGUUGGAAAACCAUGUUCACCAACGCAUCGCGGAGCUGAGAAAGGAAGGUUUAUGGUCUCUGAGACGAUUACCGAAACUUCAGGAAGCCCUCAGGCCCAAAUCUCAGUGGGAUUAUCUCCUGGAGGAGAUGCAGUGGAUGGCAACAGAUUUUGCCCAAGAAAGACGAUGGAAGAUGGCCACUGCCAAGAAGAUGGUCAGGACAGUGGCUCGCUACCACGAAGAGAAGCACUUCAAUGCAGAGAGGGCUAAGAAGGAAGAGAAGAUCAAACUAAGGCGCAUCGCUGCUACAAUUGCCAGAGAAAUAGAAUAUUUCUGGUCGAAUAUCGAACAGGUGGUCGAAAUAAAGCUGCAGAUUGAAUUUCAAGAGAAAAGGAGGAAAGCAUUGAAUUUAAAGAGGCGUGCAAAGAAAGGUAAAGAUUCGAGACAUUUUGAGGAUCUCCUUCUGGAAAAAGAAAAUAACUUGGGUUCGUGGUCCCGUAGAAGAAAGAGAAAAGCAAGCACGUCCCUCACGGAUGACGAAGUGGAAGAUGAGGAGGAGACAAUAGAAGAGCAGGAGACGAAAGAAGGGAAGGUUAACCACCAGCUGGAGCUGUCCACACUGGCAAAGGAAGCUGAGUUGCCUUUGGAUGAUUUGAUGAAGAUGUACGAAGGAGCCUUCGCUGAUAACUUCCACUGGCCAAAGCCGGAAGACGAGAUGAGCGAAGAAGAAAUGGAAGAUCAUCUAGCCGAGAGAGAAUUCCUUCCAAAGGAAGUCAUCUCGAUCGACUCCCUGCUCAGCAUCGAACAGUACAAGGGGGCCGAGAGAAUGAUGCCCGGGAAGAACCGCGGGCGAGACAUAGCCGAAGUGGCGGCCACGGCAGAGGUCCUGUUGCCGAAAGGCAGCGCCCGGAUCACCACUGCGGUAAAUCCACCCCUGUGGAUUGGUCCUGAUUUCACGGGUGGUGUACAGGUCAAAUACAACACGCCAGCCCUCUUGUACGGCUCCCUCCGAGAGUAUCAGAAGAUUGGCCUGGAUUGGUUGGCCAAGUUGUACAAGAAGAAGCUGAACGGCAUCUUAGCCGACGAAGCCGGCCUCGGGAAAACGGUGCAGAUCAUCGCCUUCUUCGCCCACCUGGCCUGCAACGAAGGGGAUUGGGGUCCUCACCUGGUCGUCGUCCGGAGUUGUAACAUUCUGAAGUGGGAGCUGGAGCUCAAACGUUGGUGCCCUGGUCUCAAACUCCUGCUCUACAUUGGUACCCAGCGAGAGCUAAGAAUGAAAAGACAGGAGUGGACGGAACCCAACAGUUUUAACGUCUGCAUCACCUCCUACAAGCAGCUCUUCAAGGGCCACCAAGCCUUCAUGAAGCUACGAUGGAAGUACCUGAUUGUGGAUGAGAUGCAGCAGAUCAAGAACAUGACGGAGAAGCACUGGGAAGCCCUCUUCCACCUUCGCAGUCAGUACCGCUUACUCCUGAUCGAUACACCCCUGCACAACACCUUGAUGGAACUGUGGACCAUGGUGCACUUCCUGAUUCCAGGAAUCUCCAAAGCUUACCUGGAUUUCCCCGUGAAAGCUGCCAACGAGGAGAACCAAGACUAUUGCCAUAAGCUGGUCAUCAGGCUGCACCGGAUGAUCCAGCCGUUUAUUUUGCGCAGAUCCAAACGGGAUGUCGAAAAACAGCUGACCAAGAAGUACGAACACGUGCUCAAGUGCCGGCUUUCAAACAGGCAGAAAGUGAUGUACGAAGACGUCAUUCUCCAACCCGAGACCCAAGACGCUCUGAAAAGCGGGCAUUUCGUCAGCGUCCUUCACGUCUUGAUGCAGCUGCAGAAGAUCUGCAACCACCCGGAUCUGAUCAACCCCCGGCUGUGUGGCUCCUCUUACGUUUCAGAGGCGUUGCAGUAUGCUACCGCCUCGCUGGCCUUCACAGCGGUAGAAAGCAACCUAUGGAAGGUUGCAGACUUGAGCCUCUUUGACCUGAUUGGGCUUGAGAAGACCAUGACGCGGUACGAAUCCCAGGUGGUGCCCAAGCAAAAAAUAACACGAAAGCUUAUCGAAGAGAUUUACACCUCUCCUCUGCCGCCCCCCAGGCCUGCCCCCGUCAAACUGAAGCCGAGCAGAUUGUUUCAACCUGUUCAUUAUGGGCAAAAACCUGAAGGGAAGAUGGUGACCUUUCCUAGCACUCAAGUGCAACGGGCCACCAGCGCGGCUACGGUUGCCCAACCGGGCCAAGGGCGAGGAAGAUCUCCCAUGUCUACGGUAACUGCCAGCCAAGCCGCCGUUGCCGUCUCUUCUGCUGCACCCGCAGCAGCAGCACCACAAUUGCAGACGGCCCCGUCUUCCUCCAGUGCUCUUCCACCACCACCACCACCUCCUCCUCUUCCUCUUCCUCCUCCGAGACAUCAGCCAGCAAUGACCUUCGCCACCGCAACUAGCCCAGCCCAUCCAGUGAAACUGCGGGGCCAGGCUACCACCCAAGGCCUCCAGCUAGGGCAGGCCCAGCCACAGGCCCCCCCACCCACCAUCCAACAGAGUGUCCUGCCUCAGAGGCUCGUGUUAACGAGUCAGGCACAGGCUCGCUUACCCAAUGGUGAAGUGGUCAAAAUAGCCCAGCUGGCUUCCAUUGCAGGGGCCCAAGGCCGGAUCGCGCAGCCGGAGACGCCGGUGACGCUGCAGUUCCAGGGGAACAAAUUCACUCUGUCGCACAGUCAACUCCGCCAGCUGACCGCGGGACAGCCUCUGCAGCUGCAAGGCAGUGUCCUGCAAAUCGUUUCGGCUCCGGGUCCGCAGUACCUCAGACCCCAGGGCCCUGUGGUGGUUCAGACCGUGCCCCAGCCUGGGAGUGUCCAAAACUCUCUGAACGCACUGGGGAACCAGCAUCCGGUGGGCUUGCAGACCUCGGCAGGCGCUCAGCCAGGAAGAAGCCUGGGGGCCAGUUUGGCGUCGGGAGACUCUGCUUCAUCCCUGAAGUCUGGCAUUCAUGGCGGACACUCCCAGGAGUCGUUUGAGGAGAAAAACAGGCUUCUGAGAGAGCGCAUGGACAGGAUCUUUUCUUGCAACGAGCGGCGUUGCUCCAGGGCACCCAUCUACGGCAAGGAUCUCCGUAGGAUUUGCACCCUGGUGGGCGACUCCAACACGACCCCUCAGUUCUCCACCGCGGCCAGCAAAUGGAGGUGGGCUGGCUUUGUCAACUGCCGUCAACUCUCCAAAGAUCAUCAAGACCCUCUUCAAGGCUUGACCCGGCAGCUGGAACAGCAGCAGCAGUCCUUGAGGGACACCAUCAGCAGGGCCCUCUGUGUGUUGCCUGCUGCCGUGGCCGCUCCUCCGUCUUUGCACAUGGCAAGGCUUCCCCCUGUUUAUCGCCAUCGGAUGAAGCUCCUCCGACACAACCUGAAGGAGAAGACGCUGCCUUACCUGAACCAGCUUCAUCAGCUGACCAUGCCCCGGCUGCUUCCGUUUCCUGACCUCCGUCUAAUCCAGUACGAUGCAGGGAAGUUGGAAGCCCUGGCGGUCUUACUGCAGAAGCUGAAGUCAGAAGGGCGAAGGGUGCUGAUCUUGUCCCAGAUGAUGCUCAUGUUGGACAUCUUGGAACGGUUCCUCAACUUCCAUUUCCUCACCUAUGUGAGAAUCGACGAAUGCGCAAACCAGGAGGAGCGCCAGGAGCUGAUGAAAACCUUCAACCGAGACAAACGGCUUUUCUGCGCCAUCCUCUCUUCCCACAGCCGCUCCACGGGCGUCAACCUUGUGGAGGCCGACACCGUUGUGUUUUACGACAACGAUUUAAACCCGGUGAUGGAAGCCAAAGCUCAGGAGUGGUGCGACCGGAUUGGCCGGUGCAAGGACAUCCACAUUUACAGGCUGGUCAGUGGAAACUCGGUGGAAGAGAAACUCUUAAAAAAUGGGACUAAGGAUCUGAUCCGAGAAGUAGCUGCUCAAGGAAACGAGUACUCCAUGGCCUUUUUGACGCAGCAAACAAUUCAGGAACUUUUUGAAGUUCACUCACCGAUGGAGGAUUCGGGCUUCCGGGUGAAAGCCGAAGAAUUCGUCAUGCUGUCGCAAGAGCCGUCUCCAUCCGAAACCAUCUCUCCUAAAGUGGCCAGGCCCUUUAUAGAGGCUCUGAAAAGCACCGAACGAGAGGAAGAGGAGAAGGAGGAGAAGGAAGAGGACGAGGAGGAGUGGAACUCACGCGUUCCGGACGGGGAGCGCGAAUCGGCCUCGAAGCCUCUGGUUUCAGAACUCGGAAAGGCAGAAUAUCUUGAGGAACCGUCUCUGCUGAAGGAGCUGGUGGCUGUGGUUGAUCAGCUCACCCCCAUUGAAAAGUAUGCCUUGAAUUAUCUGGAAUUCUUUCAUGCUUCUGCUGAGGAGAAUGAAUCCAAAGAAAACGAGGCGGAAGUGAGGACAGCAAAACGGCAAUGGGAGACUCGGCAUCUGAAAGGGCUGAAAGAGGAAGAGGAGAAAACGUUUCUGCGAGAGAAGGAGGAAGAGCUUUUCACGUACACGCGAGAGGACGCCUACAACAAGGAGUAUUUUUACGAAGGGCCAGAUGGACAGACUGAAAUAAUGCCACUUUGGACUCCACCCACCCCACCGCAGGAUGACAACGAUAUUUACAUCGACUCAGUCAUGUGUCUGAUGUACGAGCCGGUCCCCAUCCCAGAAUCCAAGCUGCCUCCCGUGUACGUCAGGAAGGAGCGCAAAAGGCACAAGACCGACCCUUCCACCGCAGGAAGGAAGAAGAAGCAGCGUCACGGAGAGGUGGUCAUCCCUCCGCGCUCCCUCUUUGACCGCGCCACUCCAGGGAUGCUGAAAGUGCGACGGGAGGGCAAGGAGCAAAAGAAGAACAUCCUGCUCAAACAGCAGACCCCCUUUGCCAAGCCCUUGCCCACCCUGGUGAAGCCGGCAGCCGAGGCCGGCCAGGACAACCCCGAGUGGCUGAUCAGCGAAGACUGGGCUCUCCUGCAGGCCGUCAAGCAACUGCUGGAGCUGCCCCUCAACCUGGCCAUCCUGUCCCCCGCGCACACCCCCAACUGGGACCUGGUGAGCGACGUGGUGAACUCCUGCAGCCGGGUUUACCGCUCUCCCAAGCAGUGCCGCAACCGCUACGAAAACAUCGUCAUUCCCCGCGAAGAAGGGAAGCUUAUGUAUGAAGCGAAUCCUAAGAAGAAGACUAAAAGCAUUUAUAAGAACUUUAAUGAAUUAAUCCCUGCAACACCCCUUCAGACAAAGAACAGUCGCCCGCUUCGGACCAACCAGCUGUAUGCCCAGGAUGAAGGUGCAUCGCACACCCAUCUCUAUACAAACCAUUUCGAGAUCAUGAAAUUAAUCGCUGGGAAGAGAAGCCCGCCUAUCAAACCCCUACUUGGCAUGAACCCUUUCCAGAAAAAUCCAAAACACACUUCGGUCCUUGCAGAAAGCGGCAUCAACUAUGAUAAACCCCUGCCUCCGAUUCAAGUUGCGUCUCUCCGGGCAGAACGCAUCGCCAAGGAAAAGAAGGCUCUGGCAGAACAACAGCGAGCUCAGCAACAAAACGCCCCACAGCAACAGCAGGGGCAGCCAUCCCAGCAGCAGCAGCAGCAGCCAUCUGGACAGCAAGUGCAGGCUCAGCCUCAGGGGCAAAGCCAAGGGAUCCAGCAGCCCCAAGGGGGGCUGCAGACCGUCGCAACCACCGUGGCAAACACUGCUGUGUUGGCUGGAACCAUGAAACCCACAGUGACUGGCACCAACAUACAGACAGCCACCGUGAGCGUCAACACCAUGACUGGGGUCCCUGCGACGACGUUUCAACCCAUCAACAAGCGGUUGGCCUCGCCCAUUAUACCCGGGACGCUGGCGACCUCAGCGGCAGGAACCACCCCUGGUCAGGUGGCCCAUUCUCAGCAGAGAUGCGCCAGCAGCACGUCGGUCACCUCCGCGGAACUAGUGACGCUCGCCUCUACGCCGGGAGUUCGAGCGGUGACUUCGGUGACAGCCUCAGCUGUGGUGACUACUAACCUGACCCCAGUCCAGACCCAGCCGAGGUCUUUGGUCACUCAGGUGACCCCAGCUGCUUCAGCCAGCGUGCAGCUCUCCGGAAAGACCAUCCCUCAAAAUCACUUCCAGCUCCUACGCCAACAGCAGCAACAGCAGCAGACAGGAGGACAGGUCCAGGUUCCCCAAGGCCAAGGCCAAGCCCCAUCACAACCCCAGAUGAAGACCGUUGGCAAGAUCUCCCAGGAGCAGCUCAUCAAGUUCCAGAAGCAGAAGAUGCAGGCAACACAACCACAAGGCCCCCAGCCCCAAGGAGCCCCCGGAGCACAGCAGCAGGCCACCCAGGUUCAGGUGCAGCAGCAACAGACGCAGCAGCUGACGGCAGUGGCGGCCUCCAGGCCAGGCGCCGUCCUUGCCGGCACCACAGUCACCGGCCUCCAGGUGGCCCGGCUGACUCGUGUUGCUGCUUCUCAGCUUCAAGCCCAAAGCCAGAUCCAAGCUCAGACGCCUCAAGCAGCCCAAGUGGCUUUGGCCAAGCCACCCGUGAUGUCCGUUCCGGUGGUGUCCUCGGCAGGGGUUACUGCCCUCCCCGUGACUGUCUCUGGAAUCAGCGUGGCGAUUGGGCAGCCGCAGAAAGCAGCAGGAGGGCAAGCAGUGAUGACUCAGCCACUCCACGUCCAACAGUUUUUGAAGGUGAAGCAAGCUCAGCACCACCAGGCAGCCCAGCAGAAGGUCAUCCAGCCACAGGUGGCCCAAGGACAGGCAGGUGUUCAGCAGAAGCAGGUCACCGUCCAGACCCAGCAGCCAGCGUCUCAGCAGCAGAAAGUCUACGCCACUCAGCCAGCCAUCAAAGCUCAGUUCCUACCAACGUCGAUUUCUCAGCCCCAGAAGUCCGGGGGGACGCAGCAGGUCCAGACCCAAAUACAGGUUGCCAAGAUCCCACAGGUGGUCUCCCAACAAGCAGCGGUGACUAAUAUCCAGCAGAUGGUUUCGGUUUCCCAACAGGUCCAGGCUCAGCCCCAAACGGUCACCUUGUCCCAGACCACAGCGGGACAACACCAAGUGCAGGUCAUCCCGGCCACCACUGCCACGGCUCAGGUCAUCCCCCAGAAACUGAUCCAACAGCAAGUGGUCACCACAGCCUCCCCCCAAAUCCAAGCCUCGGUCGUGCCUGCCCAGGCCCCCGCCCCGUCCGACGGGCAGAGCCAGCAAGCGAAAGUGCAGAUGAGAGCGCCCGUCCGAUUAAAGGCUCCGAACAAACCCAGCUGAGGUCCACCUUUUUAACCGUGGCCGCUAAGCCAGGGAGAGCUCUCUGGGUGGUCUCCCAUCCCGCCGUAGAUCGGAGGCAGGGCGUCCCUUCUGCGAUAAACCUCCACUCGUUCUGCGCCGGGAAGGUCCCCUCCAGACUUCUCUGCUUCCCGGGAGAGAUUCGUGGAUUGGAAGCCCGACUCCCGAGGAAACGCCGUUCUUUCGAAUCCUCCAUUAGCCCGACCGCUCGCCAACUCUCACUGCCCUCUUUAUGGAAACCACCAAGUUGCUUCUCCAGGGUUGGCGGCAACGCCCGUCGUGUCCUCGUCCCUGUCCGAAGGGGGGAAUUUUAUUUUUUUUUUAGCCUCGUGGGGUGCAAAGCCGGGACAAGGUCCACGGGGGAGGGGGGAGGACAGGAAGGGUUCUCCGAAGCGCGCCCCCCCUCUCUCCGUCGAGCCGAGAAAAUGUGAAGAUUUGUAAGUAUCUGUAAUUAUGCACCAUAGUUCAGUUGCCAUUUCAGGGGUGAGCCUUUUUUAAACGAACAAAACGUUCAAUUGUGACCGGUUGGUUUGUG